AUGCCGAAGAAGAGUAAGAAGUCACAAGCUGCAAGUCUGCGCCAGCAGAGGUCAAAGGAGGUUCAGGGUACAGCAGGUGAACAGGUAGAAUGUGUUGGUCCUCAGAGCUGUGGAGAGGUGAAGAUGGCUGCAGCGUCUCAUGAUGAAAGUGUGACACAGGGAAGUCAGAGUGAUGUACCAAAGGUUUCUGCUGAUGAGGGAGGAUGUCACAGCGCUGGUGAAGCAAGGCCUGCUAUUGUGACCCCGGUAAAGCUCAGAGGUCAAAGUGAUGAGCCAGGUGUACCACAGGUAUCUUAUGCUGACAUGGUCAAGAAAAGAUGUGUGGCAGUUUCUUCUGAAGCUAACCAGUACGAGGACAUAACGAUCAGAGAUGAGGCUGAGUUAUGUGAUCCAACACUUCCUGAUGAUGAUGAGGAUGAUGAUGAUGAUGUGGAUACUACAAUGAAGGAAGAUGAUUAUGAUGAAACUGAUUUAAUGGAAAUUGACAGGUGUGAGAGUAAUGCUCUGUGUGAGGCAGAAAAUGAGCCUGAAAAUGAACAGGAUAUAGACAUGGUGUCAUGUGAUGAUGACAACGCAGUGAAAAUGAGUCGUCCCCUCUCGUCCCUGGAAAACACAACACCUGAAUGUUCAGAUGUGUGGAUGACGUCUUUGACUGACAAGUACAAAGCCAGACCUGAAACACUGGAGUUUGAGGAGAUGUGUUUGGCUGAUUUUGCAGCUACUUGCAGAAUUGUCUAUGGCAAACAGACGAAAGGGUUUUACCGCCCAUCCCAGGAAAAAUAUCCUGAAAAGUUUUACGGCACGUUACUGAAACUGUACGUUCCCUACCGAUCAGAGCAGGAACUGAAAAGACCGUAUUACCCCACAUAUGAGUCAUUUUACAGCAAUGGAUGUGUGCAACUACCAGGUUGUGAUCAUCUGGAGAGUGUCCAAAACAUUGUGAAACGAAACAGAGACAAAUAUGAGAAAAACAGUGACGAGAUUGAGAAUGCUGUUGAGGAGUUUGAGCAGAACAGAGGUGUGAUUGAUGAAUGGUGUAAUCUGGCACCAGAAUCGGAAGUUGUGAGGUUGGAGUGUAUUGAAGAGCUGGAGGCAAGAGAGCCAGAUUGUGAAAAUGAACAAGAUAAUGUCCCAGAAUACAGUAAUCAGGCUAAUGCUGUAACAGAAGUCAGAGCCAUCAGAGAGCCCCCAGCAUUUGAUCCCAUACUGUUACGCCAAAUGUAUCAGAAUCUGAACAAGAAACAAGCCUGUGUGUUCUAUGCAGUUAGAGAGUGGUGCGUAAAGCGAAUCUGUGGCCUAAAUCCAGACCAGUUCUUCUUUUACAUCAAUGGUGGCGCUGGAACAGGAAAGUCACAUUUAAUCAAAUGCAUCUACUCUGAGGCAUCUAAGAUACUGUGCAAACUGCCGAGGCGUGCUGAGGAGGCCGACAUAUCAAACCCAACUGUCCUGUUGACCGCAUUUACUGGAACCGCAGCCUUCAACAUAUCAGGCUCUACACUGCACUCGUUACUCAAACUGCCCAGAAGCCUAAAACCCCCAUUUCAAGGCCUUGGUAACAAUUUGGAUGAAGUCAGAUCUGAACUGUUAAAUGCUGAGAUCAUCAUCAUUGAUGAAGUGUCCAUGGUUUCAAAGCCCCUUUUUGCCUACGUUGAUGCGAGACUCAAACAGAUCAAAGGCAGUCAGAGACCAUUCGGAGGAAUGUCGGUAAUAGCUGUCGGAGAUUUCUUUCAGCUUCCACCAGUGCGACAGUCCAAGCCCCUCUGUGUGUAUGACCCAUGUGAGAUUGACCUAUGGCGUCAACACUUUCAGAUGAUCACUCUGACUGAGAUUAUGCGUCAGAAGGAUGAUGUUGCCUUUGCAGAGAUGUUGAACAGGAUCCGUGUGAAAGAAAAGUCAGAGGAGUUGUCUGAGCCAGACAGAGCUUUGUUGUCACAGGCAGUCACCGAACCAGAACUGUGUCCAACUGAUGUGCUACACAUUUUUGCAACUAAUAAACAAGUUGAUUCACACAACUCUGCAAUGUUAGCUCUGCUCCAUUCUCACAUCACCGAGAUUGAUGCGGAUGACUAUAAAAAGGAUCCACAGACAGGCAGAAUGGCACGACAAGCCAAACCAUUUAAAGGAAACAGAAAUGAGUUACCAGAUACGCUAAACGUAGCUGAAGGUGUCAGAGUCAUGCUCACCAGAAACAUAGACGUGUCUCAAGGAUUGGUGAAUGGAUCUUUCUCUACGCUAGUCAGGGUAAUAUCCUCUGAACAAAAUGGUGUCGCACAUGUCACUAUGCUUGGGCUCAAGAUGGAUGAUGAAACAGCUGGAAGGAAUUAUCGUAACAGAGCACCAGGAGGACCAGACAAUCUAGUGUACAUCGACAGAGCGGAGGAGAAUAUGAAACAGAAAGGAGUGGUACGCAGACAGUUUCCUAUCAAACUGGCCUUUGCUUGUACGAUUCAUAAGGUUCAAGGUAUGACAAGGACAUCAGCUGUAGUGUCACUGAAACACAUUUUUGAACCCGGCAUGGCUUACGUAGCUGUCAGCAGAGUGACCUCUCUCAGCGGACUGCACAUUCUGGAUAUGGACGAGAGUAAAAUAUAUGCCAACUCACAAAUCACUGCAGCCCUACGGACCAUGAGACAAGUCAAUUUGGAUGACAUGAUGCCUCUUCUCCAAAUCACACAGGCUGUGAACGGACAUGACACUCUGACCAUUGUUCACCAUAACACAGAAGGUUUGCCAUGCCACGUGAAUGACAUCAAGAGCCACCAUGAACUGUGUCUAGCAGAUGUUUUGUGUCUCACAGAAACUCACCUACAAGGCUCCUUUGUUGCAGACAGUCUCCAUUUAGAGGGCUACACUAUGUUCAAACGCAACAGACACCUGUCCUACACAAAUGUUCCACAGAUGGCCAACAAACGUGGUGGUGGCGUUGCCGUUUAUGUGAAAGAGCACAUUCAAGUACGUGAAAAACAGUACGUACAUAAUGUCACUGACCUUGAGUUUUUGGCUCUGAAGGUUGAAGCCCCAGUGAGUGCUUUGAUUGCAGCUGUGUACAGACCUCCGGAUUACAGUGUGACAUCGUUUCUGUCAAACCUGGGAAGCCUGCUGGACUCAUUGGAGAUCAUGGAUUGCCACCCUAUCGUUGUCUGCGGGGAUUUCAACGAGAAUCAUUUAUCCAACGCAAGUAAGCCAAUCCUUGAGUUGUUUCAGUCCCGGGGCUAUGUUCAACUCAUCACUGCUGCCACCACAGAUAAGAACACACUUCUGGACCUCAUUUUCAUCUCUAAACCGCAGCAUUGUCUCCACUCUGGUGUGAUGAGAACGUAUUAUAGUUAUCAUAAUCCUGUAUACUGUGUCAUGUCCUCUAACAGUCCAUAAAGAUGGCAGCUGAGACAAAGAAGAAAAGGUCUGCACCUAAUGCCAAAAUUGAGUGAGUGAAACAUGUAUUAAUAACUUGAUUUAAAAGACUAAAUUAUUGAAACCUGCAAUGAUUAAAUACAUUAUGGUCUAAUAAUUUAAAGGUGACUUUGUUGCUGUACCUGAUGUUAAUCUUUUCAGCACAGUUGGCAGGUAAAACAAAAAUCCACUGAGCAUUAUGUUUUUUUAGGAUAAUUCAUUGUUGUUUGUCUCUGUUUAUCUUGCUAUGUAAAGUAAACCCAAUUUUUACUGUAUCAAUUCAAUAUCAGCUUGUCGUUCCUUUGUAACCAUAAACUUCAACUUGAAGCAAUCAGUCUUGGUAGGAUGAUUAAGGUGUGGUUGGGUGAAAUGAACUAAAAGAUAAACGCUUAUUAUUUGUGACAAAACAUACAACUGCAGUAAAUCAUAUUGUUGUACUUAAUUUAGUAAGCAUAGCAAGACAUAUUGUUUGGUAAUGUUAACUUUUGGUAGUAUUGGAUAAUGUGAUUGGUCAUUAUUUUUUCAGGUAACCAUAUUGUUAUGAGAUAUAUUUACAACAUAUCUUGGGCUGUACAUCCCAAGUACAGCCCUAAACAUUCAGCAGCUGUGUACAGCAUUGUACACAGCUGCUAUCAUUUACGGUGGCAAAAAUAUAUCAGAAAGUAUGUGUUGUAUAUGCAACAAAUACUUUCUGGUAUAUUGGUACCUACCAGCUCAAACCCCACAUUUACAUGCCACCCAGUUUCAGGGUGGGUGGCUGUUAUAGACUAUAACUCAUGUAGGUUUACUUUCUCCUGGAUGAGAGACACAGUUCUCCUGUGUCCUCUGUGAGGACACCGCCAGCUUUGGCCUCACAUCCUUCAUCACUGUGAAGAACGACAACAACCAACAGAUGUAGCAGCAGCAGCUUAACUCUCCAUCAACUAUGGACAGACAGUCACUGUUGGACCUCACAGGGACACCUUUCCCUUCAUGCUAGUCCCAGCCAUUCUUCCAAGCAGAGGAUGAGAUAACACCUGCCUGCCUUUGCCUCACCUUCUCUUUGGCUCUAAAACUGAAAAAAUGGACCACACUGCCUGCUUUCCACCUGACAGUGCUGAAGAGUCUUCACAACAGAAGGUCUGCCUCUGCUGUGAUUACUCCACUUCACACAAUGGAAACAGUCAGGACUUUAAAGAACGCUAGACAUUACAAGAAGCUGAACCUCGUACAGCCUUCCUAAACUACUCUGUGUAAAAUGGCACUGGACAGAAAUGUUGUGUUGCCCUGCAGCAGUGUUCAAGGACCCGCUUCAUUCUCCUAUGUCCACAUCUUCACAUCCAAUUCUGAGCACAGUUCAGUAAAGCCUAACUUCUGUUGACGUUUGGCGAGUGAUCAGGUGAACUGAUGCGGGGAACCAAACUUAGACAGUCAUCACUGUCACAGAGACGGCUUCUCCUCAGUGCAGCAUUACACUUCACCCUAAACAAGUUGUAAAGGCCUCUGCUCCUCCAUGUCACAACAGUGAUGCUGUCCUCACACCAAAGACUGGCCAGAUACCUGGAAGCAGCAGUUCUACAGUCCCUGGAUCAUCAAAGGUCACAAUGCUACAGCUCCUUACAUCUUCAAGUACACUGUGCUCUGUUAAGAGUUUUGGUUUGUGCCAACAAUGAACAGAUUCAACAAUUUGCAACUUACACUACUGACCCAUGGACACACACUCUAGGACACCAAUUUAUUUUGGUACAUUGAUAAUUGAUAUAUACCUCGUAUAAUUCGAACAGUGUAUGCUUAUUUUGUAUUUUAUCACAAUUAAUAUCUUUUAUU